GUGAGGAGGCGGCUGGCCUCCCUCGGGCCCGGCCAUGGAGGAACAGGACCGCGCCUGCGGCCCCACCUGGGAUCCCUCACAGGGCAAGAGCCGCCCGGACUCACCUUGGUCAUGGAUUCCAAUAAUGAGAGACCCUGGAUGGAUUCGAAAUGUAUGGUCUUCAAACAUUAAUGCUCAAACCAUGAAUUACGUCGGGCAGCUGGCAGGCCAGGUGUUUGUCACCGUGAAGGAGCUCUACAAGGGGCUGAACCCCGCCACCCUGUCCGGCUGCAUCGACAUCAUCGUGGUCCGCCAGCCCAACGGGAGCCUGCAGUGCUCCCCCUUCCACGUCCGCUUUGGGAAGAUGGGGGUCCUGCGUUCCCGAGAGAAGGUGGUUGACAUAGAAAUCAAUGGGGAAGCGGUGGAUUUGCACAUGAAGUUGGGAGAUAAUGGAGAAGCAUUUUUUGUUCAAGAGGCUGAAAACGACCAGGAGGUGAUCCCCCUGCACCUGGCCACCUCCCCGAUCCUGUCCGAAGGAGCCUCGAGGAUGGAGUCCCAGCUGAAGAGGAACUCCGUGGAUUGGAUAAGAAGCCUGGACCCCAACACGUCAGCCCAGGUCUUACCUCCCAGCGAGACCCCUUCCAGUGGCUCUUUAGUGAAGAAGCGGAGGAAGCGGAGGAGGAAGUCGCAGCUGGACAGCCUGAAAAGGGACGACGACACGAACACGUCCGACGAUGAAGACAUGUUCCCCAUAGAGAUGAGCUCGGAUGAGGAGGCCGGGCUGCCGGACAGCAGCAGAACUCUUUCUAAGGAUACACCUCCAUUCCAAGGAGACAUCCCUAAGGAAAACCUUUCCCCAGUCAUGACUUACCCUCAGUCAGCAUCUUAUCCGAAUUCCGACAGAGAGUGGUCACCUAGCGCCAGUAGCCUGAUAGAUUGCAGGGGGCGCCCCCCGCGCCUGGCAGUUGCGGCCGAGGGCGGUCUUUCUAGCUCUUGCCCUCCCCAAUCUUCCCACUUCCGCGCUUCGGAAAGUCCUUCAGUUUCCCGACCUUCAACACCUAAAAGUGAUUCCGAAUUGGUCAGCAAGUCUGCGGACAGGACAAUGCAGAAGAAUAAUCUAGAAAUGCUCUGGCUUUGGGGAGAACUGCCCCAGGCCGCAAAGUCAUCUGCACACAAGAUGAAAGAGUCCAGCCCGUUGAACAGUAGAGAAAUCUGUGACGAGAUCCACUUUCAAGCCAUCCACAGUGAAUCUUCAGAGGUGUUUAAUGACCAGUCACCGACACUGGCUGGGGGGUCCCCCGUGCAGCCGCUGUUGGGGCAGAACAAGCCGCAGACGGAGAUGCAGUUCGCGAACGAAGAUGUCGAGGCCUUAGGAGCCGCGGCGCCCCCGUUGCCUACGAUCGAAGAGUCCAAAGCCCUCUCCGCCAGCGCUGCCCCGGCAGCCAGCAAGACGGAUUCGCCUUCUAGGAAAAAGGACAAACGAAGCAGACACCUUGGUGCCGACGGCGUCUACUUGGAUGACCUCACAGACAUGGACCCUGAAGUCGCUGCCCUGUAUUUUCCCAAAAACGGAGACCCUUCUGGGCUCACAAAACACGCCAAUGACAGCGGAGCCCGCUCGGCCAACCAGUCCCCACAGUCCGUGGGCAGCUCUGGCGUUGACAGUGGCGUGGAGAGCACCUCGGACAGCCUGAGGGACCUGCCGUCCAUCGCCAUCUCCCUGUGCGGCGGCCUCAGCGACAACAGGGAGAUCACCAAAGAUGUGUUUUUGGAACAGGCCGUGUCAUAUCAGCAGUUUGUGGACAACCCUUCCCUCGUCGACGACCCCAAUCUUGUGGUGAAGAUCGGGAAUAAAUACUAUAACUGGACGACGGCGGCACCUCUGCUCCUGGCGAUGCAGGCCUUCCAGAAACCUUUGCCAAAGGCCACGGUGGAAUCUAUCAUGAGGGAUAAGAUGCCCAGAAAGGGAGGAAGAUGGUGGUUUUCAUGGAGGGGAAGAAACAGCACCAUCAAAGAGGAAAGUAAGCCAGAGCAGCGCCUCGCAGGAAACAGCCACAGCACUGAGGAGCAGCCGUCACAGCUGGGCAUGGCCACCAGAAUAAAGCAUGAGUCAUCCUCCAGCGAUGAGGAGCCCGCGGCCGCCAAGCUGUCCGCCACAAGCCACCUCCCCCUGCUGUCCAGUGUUAGCUACAAGAAGACCCUGCGCCUCACGUCAGAGCAGCUGAAAAGCCUGAAGUUGAAGAACGGACCCAACGCCGUGGUCUUCAGCGUCACCACGCAGUACCAGGGCACGUGCCGCUGCGAAGGCACCAUCUACUUGUGGAACUGGGACGAUAAGAUUAUCAUCUCCGACAUCGAUGGAACCAUCACUAGAUCAGAUACUCUUGGCCACAUUUUGCCCACCCUUGGGAAGGAUUGGACCCACCAGGGCAUCGCCAAGCUGUACCAUAAAGUGAGCCAAAACGGGUACAAGUUCCUCUACUGCUCCGCACGGGCCAUCGGGAUGGCGGACAUGACGCGGGGCUACCUGCACUGGGUCAACGAGCGGGGCACGGUGCUGCCACAGGGGCCGCUGCUUCUCAGCCCUAGCAGCCUCUUCUCCGCCUUGCACAGAGAAGUGAUCGAAAAGAAGCCAGAGAAGUUUAAAGUCCAGUGUUUGACAGACAUCAAAAACUUGUUUCUUCCAAAUACAGAACCCUUUUAUGCUGCUUUUGGAAACCGACCAGCUGAUGUGUACUCGUACAAGCAAGUGGGAGUGUCUCUGAACAGGAUAUUCACUGUGAAUCCCAGAGGAGAGCUGGUGCAGGAGCACGCGAAGACCAACAUCUCCUCGUACGUGAGACUCUGCGAGGUAGUCGACCACGUUUUCCCCUUGCUGAAAAGGAGCCAUUCUUCCGACUUUCCCUGCUCAGAUACAUUCAGUAACUUCACCUUUUGGAGAGAACCACCGCCACCCUUUGAAAACCAGGACGUUCAUUCUGCAUCAGCAUAGUAUGUUCUGGGCCACCUCCUGACACCCUGUGAAGAUCAGGCGCCCCCAUUAAAGGAUAGGUCUGGGAACCUGCAGUCAUUUGCUUAAGAGCAGAGGGGCAUUUCUCUCCCGGUCCCCCCGGCCGGGGUUGACAUUUCUAAGUGAUGUGUACGUCCUAGACGGGGCGUCGGGUGCGUCCCUGGCGGGGAGGCCAUGCCCGGUUGAGGCUUCAAGUCCGUGGCAGCGCUGCCCUCCCCAGCCUGCUGCAGGCUGGGAGCAGUUAGUGUGCAAGAUGGGCUGUGAAGCGGGGGUCCCUGGGAUGACGGGAUCCAAGGAGGGGCGCCAGGUGUGCACGACUUCUGGGAGAGUGGGGGACACGUUUGUGCCACGUGGAGGGCUGUGCAGGGUCCCGUGACCUGAAUCUGAGGUCUCGGAAGGGACUCCAAACCCCACCGUUCUUGGCCUAGACCUUGCGGAUGUCCCCUUGUGGCAUUUGCCGACUGGUCUGCUGUUUUUAAUUCCUCUGGUUAAAGCUGACCUAUAUAACUGGCAUAUUUUCCCCUAUUUUUGUGGCACGAGGCUGGAAUAUUUAUGCCUUAACGCACCCGCGGCAGACAUUUUAUUUAGAAUGUGCUUUGUCCAGCUCCCUGUAACUGCGAUGCCUUAAGUUCAGACUAUAGGAAAUAUUACUAAGGCAGUAUUUCGAAUCGGUUCGACACUCUGCCAGCAACCUGUCCAGCAACGCGCUGCUGAAAACGUGGGCUCGCACAGAGCUUAUGCCAAGUGGUGAUGAUGUCAGUUUCUAUUGGGAGCUCUCAACAGAAACUGGUUGGUUUUAAGAAAAUAGUUUGAAGAAGUCAAAUUAUAUUCUUUGUAGAUAGUAUUAUUUAUUACCUUACUCUGAUUGGGUUACUGUUAUAAGCAUUUUAGCCAUGUUCUUUCUAUUAUAACUGUCAGUAAUACAUUAAAAAGAUACACGUGUUAGACCAUCCAAAGAGCCUUAUUCUGUAAUUCUCACAACACUGACCUUCUUUUGGAAUUUAUGAGUCAUACU